GGGCCACGGGCCUACAGCACGGGUGAAGGCCUCAGUCGCCUCAGCCACCUCAGCCACCUCAGCCGUCCCAGUCGCCUCAGCCACCUCAGCCGUCCCAGUCGCCUCAGCCACCUCAGUCGUCCCAGUCGCCUCAGCCACCCCAGCCGUCCCAGUCACCUCAGCCACCUCAGUUGUCCCAGUCGCCUCAGCCGUCCCAGUCGCCUCAGCCGUCCCAGCCGUCCCAGUCGCCUCAGCCACCUCAGUCGUCCCAGUCGCCUCAGCCACCCGUCGUCUCAGCCACCUCAGUCUACCCAGUCGCCUCAGCCGUCCUCGUCGCCUCAGCCACCUCAGUCGUCCCAGUCGCCUCAGCCACCCCAGUCGUCCCAGUCGCCUCAGCCACCUCAGCCGUCCCAGUCGCCUCAGCCGCCUCAGUCGUCCCAGUCGCCUCAGCCGUCACAGUCGCCUCAGCCGUCCCAGUCGCCUCAGCCGUCCCAGUCGCCUCAGCCGCCCCAGCCGUCCCAGUCGCCUCAGCCACCUCAGUCGUCCGUCGCCUCAGCCGCCUCAGUCGUCCCAGUCGCCUCAGCCGUCACAGUCGCCUCAGCCGUCACAGUCGCCUCAGCCGUCCCAGUCGCCUCAGCCGCCCCAGCCGUCCCAGUCGCCUCAGCCACCUCAGUCGUCCGUCGCCUCAGCCGCCUCAGUCGUCCCAGUCGCCUCAGUCGCCUCAGCCACCUCGAGGGACCGGCGGCGAAGGAAGCGAGAGACUCCAUUCCGCCCAGAGAAGGGGACAGGGCCGCCAGCCAAGGCCCACCCUACCGCCCCUUUCCCGCCUCCCCCGUGAGGAGCCCCGGGCGGUCCGGUCCAGGAGGCGCGGGCCUCUCCCGUCCGGCCGCAGGCGAGGGCCGUCCCGGGACGAUGACCGAGAACUCGGCCUCCACCCCGGCCGCCAAGCCCAAGCGGGCCAAGGCCGCCAAGAAGGCCACGGACCACCCGAAGUACUCGGACAUGAUCGUGGCCGCCAUCCAGGCCGAGAAGAACCGCGCCGGCUCUUCCCGCCAGUCCAUCCAGAAGUUCGUCAAGAGCCACUACAAGGUGGGCGAGAACGCCGACUCACAGAUCAAGCUGGCCAUCAAGAGGCUGGUGACCACCGGGGUGCUGAAGCAGACCAAAGGCGUGGGGGCCUCGGGCUCCUUCCGGUUGGCCAAGGGCGACGAGCCCAAAAAGCCCGCCGUCAAGAAGGCCAAGAAGGAAGUCAAGAAGGUGGCAACCCCGAGGAAGGCCACCAAGCCCAAGAAGGCCGCCGCCAAGUCCCCAGCCAAGAAGCCCAAGGCCGUGGCCAAGAAGGCCAAGAAGAAGCCGGCCGCCGCUCCCAGGAAAACCAAGAAACCAAAAACUGUCAAGGCCAAGCCGGUAAAGGCGUCGAAGCCCAAGAAGGCCAAGCCGUCGAAACCCAAAGCCAAGUCCAGCGCCAAGAAGCCUGCCAAGAAGAAGUGAAAACGUUCAAGUCCUUAUUCCUUGGACACUCCUUCCCUUCACCUCCGUUUCUGUAAAUAGAUGCGCCUUUCUUUUCCCACCCCCAGCCUUCUACCCCUUUCUAUUACGACUUUCUAAGAGACAGAACUUUUAUUCCCUGGGAAUCGUUCAGUUAUUCUUCACGAACCUCGACCACCAACAACAAAAAAAGUCCCACCUCCGUAACGAUGAGAGCAUCUUUAAAGUCUUUUUAUAGGAUUUUUUUUCCCCCUCUUCUAUGCUUGUUUUAAAAAUCUCUCUGAUGUGACCUUUGGGGUUGUUGUUUUGUUCUGGUUUUGCGGGGAGAGGGAAGCGUCUGGUCGGACGAAAGGGAUCUGAGCCCCUCGGCCCGUUCCUGGCCGCUGGAUGGAUAAUAAUGAUGGUAUUUGUUGAGCGCCUACUCUGCGCCGAGCACUGGAUCGUUGCGCUGGUGAGGUUAUUUCCCUCAAACUCCCCAGCGCGGGGGAUCCUUGUGAUGGGAACAAAGGCCCUGGCAGAAACAGGAAGGGGCCGGAGAGGAGGGAUUCUCAUCUUGGGAAGGCUUUGGCCACGCCGGGUGUAUGUUGGGAGUCAAAAUGAACAGUUCCUUUUCCUCCCAUCUGGUGACGCGACCAUCCUCGUCCCGAUCCUCUUACCAAACAGAGCAAGAGGUGUCACAUUAAGGUCUGAAACCGGCAGCCUGUCCAUUUUUUUUUCUCUUUAGUGGGUGGGAGAAAUAGUGUCUAGUAACCGGGAGAGUCUUAAAAGUGGAGUAGAAACUGGGGAGUGGGCGGGGUGGGAAGAGCCUGCAAAGUGCCUGAAUUUACCCUGUAAGAUCCGUGCAGGUCCACAACGAUAUGAUGGGUAGGUUGUUUUGAUUUUUUUUUUUCCGUUUUCUUCCCGACAAGAUCGGCGAUUGCUUUGUUUUUUAAUCUUUCCGAAGAGGAGUGAGUUCCCCAUCCACUCCCCCCGCCCACCCCUGCAGGUUGGUGGUUAGCACCUCGUGGCUCCCCUCGCCCCCUUCUCCCACGGGACUCGACUGCUUUCUACGCCCCCGUUUUCGUGCUGGAGACCCACCCUGCGGUAACCGCUCGGUCCCUUUACUUCUGACGCUUUUCUAGGUAAAUGAGGAGGGGGAGGGGGAGGAGACACCGGGCCACCAACGACGAAUUCGUUAAAAUCGCUUUACGGAGCUGGACCCGUGUACUCUUACGGCUUAAGUUUGAAUACCCCAAGGAAAGGGGAAAAAAAAAGAGUUUAUUUGCUGUUUUAAAAAUUAAGGAAAAUCUGGUAGGAAUGAUACCCGCUUGUUCCUUCUUUUUCUUUUUUUAAUUUUAUUUUUUGGUAAGUGUGAUUCGCGCCGGAAAGGAUUUGCCGUCUUUGUAAUUGGAGAGUUUGAAAUAAAAUGGAGAGAAAACCCUCGAA